GUGAAAUAAAAACGAUACAGUUCCCGUGGCACACUUAAUCGCUUUCGCAGACAAUCAAACAAGCCCUGAACAGCAGGAAAAGCCAUCAGACGUGGUGUACGUGCGAUAAUGCGGUGACAGCUUAGACAUUCGACACAGAGGGCGGUAGCAUCAACAAACUACAAAAACAGAAAACAAAAACAAACAAACAAACAGAAAAUCAGCAAACAGAAGCGGUAACAUUCUUAUACGAAAUGGGGUAAAAGUUCACUGCUGUGUCCACACUGUCCCGGUGCGUACCGUUACACAACCGGUGCUAAUUGACAUUCCUGUCAUUGUUUGUUUGUUUUCGGUUUGGCGCGAAAACAGUACUGUCACCCGCUUGUCAAUCACAACGUUCGUCGGGUGUGCGAGCAUGGCCGGCCAAGACCGAUUCAGAGCACGUAACGAUUAGUGCUGCAUUUAAUGGGAUAUUUUUUGCACCGGAUGGAAAAUGGAAAUUAAAUGCUACGCAGCAAAACUGUCGAGCGGUCGGAUGAUGUGGUCGAACGACCGGAUUUUGUUUUCCUCUGGUUGGUUUCGUUUGUUUCUUUUUGUGAGUUUCAAUUCUGCAACGAAUCUUCAGCUGCGUUCCAGUCAUUUGGGAUAAAGUGAAACAUUCUUACGCAUUUAUGGGUACGCCGCAGUAUGGCAAUUCUACGGCAGUAGAGCAUCUUUCUGACUUCGGUCGUUUCAUAUUUUAAAGCUCCCAUUUUUGAGAUUAUUGAAUUUUACGAUUUCGGACGACCGAAGCACCUGUCCCAUAAGUAGUGGCGGAUAUGCUAAGGCAGAUAUAACCACGAAGAUUUAAUGUACAAAACUUCGCCCUUCAAACUGGGAAACGGACGUUGUUCCUAUCAUGUUUCCUACGCGUCGGGGAAGAAAGCGAUUUAGUUUCAUAUGAGAUGUAAUUUCCAAAAACAUUUUUUCGCCAGGUUGUAUUUUGAAGAUGAAAUACAACAAAGAAGAAUAUUUUGCGGCUUUGUGUAUCGUGUAAAGCUUUGUGUAAAGCAUUGCGUUGCGGGCACACAUAAAGUCGUUGCGGAGCAAUCAGAAUGACUGUAGAAGUAUAUCCUAUUAGUUUUUGAAGAAGCUUGCCCACUGCUGAAAUUAGGCUGUCAACCCUGUAAAACCAAUCGGUCAUGCACUUCGUUGUGCAUACAUUUUAGGCGCCGACACUAACUGACAGCAUCGAACUGUAACUGGUGUGGCCGCAUGUCUGGCCGACACGGUAGUGUGCACGAACCAGGAAGCUUAUUCUAGCACUGCCUCUUCUUUUUUAUUUCCUGCUUUUUUCUAUUUCUUUCCCGCAAACACGUGUCAACAAAACAGAUUGCAAUGCGGCCACCAACUCGCAAAAAUGCUGGUGUACAUCCACUUCGGUCUGGGUGUAAAAUCAUUUCCUCAUCAUAAGGUGCGCGUGGGGCGAAGGAAGGGUGGGUGAUGGGGGCCUGGGAGAGUGAAGUUGCUCAGAGAAACAUCAGCAGCAUCCGAGUACCGAGAGCAUUAUCAUUAUUAUUUUGCAGUCACGUUGUAUCUUCGCUUGCCUAAGUCGCGCAUGCAUCGCAAACUAGCGUGUGUAGCACGUGUCGAGCGCCUGCAGCGUAGGCAAUACGUAUAUCUCUGUUUCGCCUUUCGCCCAUGUGCGUUAUCCUAGUCGGUGGGUGCGCCCGAAGGGUAGGCAAUGUUAGAAAUGUUCGACUUCACCGAAACUUAUCUGAAGCAAAAAACACUUAGUUCUUUCUGUUUCUUUGAAAAACAACACUCAUACUAAACGUUUAUUCCGAUUGUUUUCCACCCAUUCUUUCUUCUCUGUUCACAAUCACUCCAUUCUCUCUCUGUAUCCCUCUCCCGUUCUCCUUUCUCUCCUUCCUUCCUUACGCGUUUCGCCUUCCGUCCUCCGUACUUCGUGGCUGUAUUACGGCCGCACCGUACUGUUUUUUCACUCAGGCAUGGGCAAUCGCUUCGACGACAAUCGGCUCACGUUGCGGAUACAUCGGGGCCGCGGUUCAACCAGCGCACCGUUACAUGAAUCACCGCACAGCAACGGCAGCACGCACAGUACCACAACCAGCAUCGGUAGUGCGUCCCCGGAGCGGCUGUCCCGCUACUCGACCCGGGGUAAGCUGGCCACCCAUGGUACCGGUCCUCAUCCGGCGGCCCAUCACGAGAAGAUUAAGAUCUCCGUCUCGUACCCGUCGACAGAGAAUGUGGCCCAGAGCUGCCAUGCCGAAGCAGGCACCGCGUCAACUUCGGCAAUGGGCGGACCGGGCAGCUCCACGGCAGUUUCGGCUAGCGGCACGAAGUUACUGUACGCCGUCCACUAUUCGUCGGCUAACGGGCGUGAGUCUAACGCGUCCCAGAUCUUCCGCCGGCCGUCCAAGGAGCAGCAGAUGAGCAGCGUACUUGGCGGCUCGACCCAGUACCUGACCGUGUCCGAGCAGCAGCAGCAGCAACAUCGCGAACGUGGCAGCAGCUUUCUGUCACCCCGUGCCAGCAAGCGGAUGGGGAAGCGCAACAUAAAGGCGCAGGUGAAACGGUUCCGGAUGGAAACGAAGGCUGCCAAAACGCUCGCAAUCAUUGUCGGGCUGUUCGUGUUGUGCUGGUUGCCGUUCUUCACUAUGUACCUGGUGCGGCCGUUCUGUGACGACUGCAUCAACGAGCUGCUGUUUUCGAUCGUCUUCUGGAUCGGGUACUGUAACUCCGCAAUCAAUCCGAUGAUCUAUGCGCUUUUCUCCAAGGACUUUCGGUUCGCGUUCAAGCGCAUCAUCUGCCGGUGCUUCUGUUCGGGCGGCCGGUUCCCGGGCGCAGUCGGUAGCCGUCGCGGCUCGGACAUGUCUCAGAUGCGUGCGCACGGUGGCCGCACGCCCAGCAUCUCGCCGAGUGCCGCCGCCCAGUCACUGUGCGAUGAUAGCGACCCGGUCGGGGGUGAUCUGUCCGACUCCAGAUGACGAACGUCGUACGCACCGAGCAUCAGUUCG